AUGUCUCCUAUACGGGUAAGAACGACCAGCGACUAUAGAGUUUUGGUUGUGGUUACUUGGGCAGGUAACAGAAAAGGAAAAUUAAGACCAUACAAGAUAUUAAAAAAAGAUCCAGAGUACCAGGAAGCUUUCAAGAACUUCGGCAACAACGAAUUAAUUGGAAAUUUAAAUUAUCAACAAAACAUCUUUAAUAUUAUUCAGAGAUUUAUAUGUAAUGUCUACAAUGUCCCUAAUGUAAUUGAUGUUGAUGGCGCUAGACUUCAAAUAUUCAUCGACUCGUACACAGUCUCCGAUGUAAACGAAGCUUUUGACCUAAAGAAGUUGCGAAAUUUUGACGCUAGCAACCUACCGCCUUGCAAAAGCGAGCUACUGCAGCAAUUUCUGCGAGCAAACUAUGUAUGUACCAUUUGGAAUAAUGCUCAUUUGAAAAAUCCAACCACAUAUCAACCAGACAAUACCGGCUGGGUAUUAAAAGAUGACAAAUACCAGUUCAAAUGGUUUAAAGGGAAUCAACUACCGAGCUAUGUUAGGGAUUCGCUCAAAACUCAAUCAGAAACUGACGAAGAAGGUGAUGUUGAGGACGAUCAUGCCAUCGAUUGGAGUAGUAGUGAUGAAGAAAAUGAUAACAUCGACGACAAUGCUUAA